GACCAGUAACGCAAUUCGGGAAAAAUGGAACACGGCGGGAAAUUUCAAUAAUUAAUCAGAAAAUUCUACCGAUCUCCAUCAUUUGCUCGCUUCAUGAGUUUAGGGAAUGCUGCUGUAAAUAUGGGUGUGCCAGACACAGACAGUACAGGACCAAUGAAAAAGCGUCAGCGGCUAUCAUUGAAGGCAGGACGACAGAAAUGUGUGACACCUGCUCAGCCUCCAGCAACAGAUGCCAGUAACAAUGCCAGCAAAACAUCACCAAAACAAGAGAGUGAGAGAUCGGACAGUUCUGCAACAAUGAGUAGUGUGUCAUGGACUGACAGCAGUACCUCAGCUAGUACCUCCAGCUCCAGCAGUAAAGUUGAUAUGAGAGUGCCUGCUGUAGCUUCAUUAGAAAACUUUGGGAACACAUGCUUUAUGAACUCAGUAAUGCAGGUGCUCAGGUACACGCCUGGAUUCCUACAUAACCUGGCACUUCUCUACCAAGAUGUACAGGCAUCCGAGAAAAUCAAACGGAAAAAUAAAAAGAGCGAAGAUGAACCAUCAAGUUUUGCAGAGGACAAUAAUAAGAGAUGCUGUAAAGUUGUCAAAAAUGUCUACAAGGUAUACCGAGAUCUGUCGGCAUUGGAGGAAAAGUAUGAUGAGGUAGCAUCUGAUGAUGUGAUGUCCAUGGCUGUCAAACCGAAUAAAAUAUUACAAGCAAUAAGGGAAUUGAACCCGAUGUAUGAAGGACACAUGCAACAUGAUGCUCAGGAGUUUCUCCGCUGCUUUCUUUGCUACUUUCAAGAUGCAGAAAAAGAAGUGCAAAAAUUCUACAGUCAACUUCCUCACACUUUAACUCCAAAAAUCAAUCCCAUUAUGGAGAGAUUUCUGGCCAGCUCAAAUACCAGCCAAGAAACAAAAGACAAAAUUGUGAAAAUUGUGAAUGAAGUGACUGAAAAUGAAGCUACUGAGAGAAGUAGCACAGAAAAUGUGAUAGAAGCAGAGAAGGUGAAAGUUAACUUGUUUCCAAAGUCAGAAAUAAAAACUGAGACUGCAAAGUCACCUAGAAAAGUACAAGUUGCACCUAAGGUAGGAGAUACUGCAGGAGUUGUUGAUGAAGUAAAUGAGAAAGUCACUCAUGUUGGAGCUAGUACAGUUGUUAAUCAAGGUGAUGUUAUUCAUGUUGGCUUGAAAGCCGUUACAAAAUUACCAUCUCCUGGAGAGAUUGGUGAAAGUGCUGAAAGUGAGUUACAUGACAGUAAGGGUAAACAACAGAGAGAAAAGGCAUCAGCCAGGAAAGACAGAAGAUGUAAGCCAUAUGAUAAAAGUCAUAAGGGUCAAGGAAAGAAUAAAGACAAAAGUGAGAAGUUAGAUAAUCGAAGGAAAGGUAGAAAAGCUCUGGUGAAAGAAACCAAUCAGCUUUCAAUCAUUGAAGGGUUUACCAAAACAUACUCAUCCAAGAAAAGACUUGGAAUGAGAGGGGCUGUUCUGAAAAAGUCAGCUGAGGAACUGUUUGAUGAAGUAAGUGGUUUAGAACAAACUGCAAACAAAGACUCUGAUACAGAUUCUCAAAGAGAAAGUACUUCACCAGCUAGAUCGAUUAACAGUGAUAAUAGUGAUCAAGGCAGAAGCUGUGAUACCGAAAACAAACAAGAUAUACCCUCCACUUUAGUUGAGCAGUCAGAGUCCGGAAAGCUGAAGGAUGAAAAAUCUGAAAAUAACAUUUCGAAGUCUGAUGCAGCAGUUCAUUGUAAAGAGCAGAAAGUGUCAACAAACAGUUCCUACCAAGAUGUGUUUACCCAAUUUCUUUCUGCAUUACCAGAAGAAGAUUCUGAUUCUGUAGAAAUGCAGUCUGAUUCUGAUAAUGAAGACAUUGUUUUAAAGAAGAAGAAAGAAAAGGAGCUCCGGGAUUCACCAAGAAGGUCACCUAGAAAGGUGGCUUCGGAGAUGUUAAGAACCAGUCCACGAAAGUUUGAAAUAUCCAAGCUUGCUCUAACCUCUAAAUCUGAGUCUUCUGUGAUGACUGUAAAACACCGGCUAGAGUUUUCAGGAGACAAAAUACACAGAGAAGGAAACCCGGAAACAGAAAAUAACACUAAUACAAGUCAUAAUGCCACAGCAUCUGACACAUCUACCACUGUAUCCACACCUACUGUGAAAUCUGAAAUAGUUGACAUUGAAUCUGAAGGUAAAAUGGAAAAGAAUGAAGAAUCUCCAGCAAUACCAAUGGCUCUAUUACCAGUAGUGAAACUAGAGAACUGUGACUAUAUCCUCAGUGAAGACGGGACCUCAGUUAGCUUUGCAUAUGCUACUAAGUGCCUUUCGCCAUUGAAAAGUGGUUGCAGAAGCAGCUCUGGGUCGAGUAAUUACCUGAAACAAAGAACCCAACUCUCUAUGGACAUAUCAGAUGAAGAAGAGUUCAAAAGGGCACUAGCAGAAAUGUUCAACUCUCCUGUCAAAAGCAGAUCCAAAUAUGACCUUAUUGAAAGAACAUUCCAGGGAACAAUGAUGUUACGUACACGAUGUUUACAGUGUGAGUCAUCCAGAGAACGGCAGGAAGAUUUUCAUGAUGUCAGUGUACCAGUUAGAAUUGAAAAGUCAGACAGCGACACUGAAGAUGAAGAUGAUAUUCAGAGCAAAUGUGAUCUACUGGAUUUGAUUGAGGCUUCGACAGAGGUAGAAAAAUUGCUGGAAGAGAACAAGUACUACUGUGAUGAAUGUAAAACAUAUGUGGAAGCAGAGCGUUCAAUGCACUAUGAUGUCAUGCCAGAUAUUCUUACUCUGCAUCUCAAGCGUUUCUCAUCAGAGACUGGGAAUCCAAGUAACAUCACAAAGAUCAAUGAUCAUGUUGAUAUACCUCUGAAUCUGCCUUGUCUACGUUACAAAUGUGCACAGUCCUGUCUCAGGCCAGAUCAUAGGUAUAGGUUGUAUGGUAUAGUGACGCAUUCUGGAGUAACUCUCACCUCGGGACACUACUUAGCUUAUGUAAGAUCAUUACCAAAUCAACCAACAGACAAUGUUCCCAGUAGACAACAAACACUAAUAGGAAUUACAGACAAUGAAAAUAAAUCUAGUGAAAUAAGUGAGAAUUUGCUUAACAAAAUGGAUAAAUCAAUGCCAGCUACUCGGCGCAAGAUGGGUGUCGCUACAAAGUUACCAUCUCGUUUCAGUGAUAAUGUGAUAGCUAAUACAAAAGUAAAAGCAUUUGAAUCUGUUGCUGUGAAAAAAAUGAAGCCAGAUCUUGUCGCUACCUUGUUGCCAAGUAAACACUAUGAUGGAGAAUGGUUUGAAUGUGAUGAUGAAACAGUUCGUGUUUUUGAUGAAUCCGAUUUUGUGGAACUAUUAUCGGAAAAAUCUGGAUCUCUACUUGGAACUCCAUAUCUCCUCUUUUAUCACAAAGCAACUAUGUGUUAACAAAACUUGAUGUUGAGAGAAAAUAUUACAGAUAUACUUGGUAUUACUCUGUACUGGUAUUAUAGUAAAUGAUUAAAUUACUCAGUGCAACCUCCCAACCAUUGUCUUUAAAGAACAUCUGUGGACUUCACAGUAACAUUAUUAUGUCAGUUCAAACAUUGCAUUUAAAUUGUUAUUGUAUUCAGAGAAUGCCAAGAUAUAGAAUGAUUCUUGGAAUUUUUAUCAUUUUGAGAAAGGCCAUGUGUCCAAGUUGUAAAAAACAGUUCUACUUGACCAUAUGAUUAUGUAUGGGCUGAGACGCUAGAGCUGAAAAAAAAAAACAUCCAGAAAAAUCUUCAUACAAAAGCUAAACUGCUUGACAUACUUCAAUAUAAGUUCAUUGAAAUGUUCCUUGGCCCUUUUCCGAGAUUGUUUCAGUUACUCCAUUUCAUUAAAAACACAUGGCAAUUGCAGAGCAUGGUCACUUUAUUAUAAUAUGUUGCAGGACUUGAAGUAAUUUGCACAAAGUUUCUUUGGUGAAAUGUACUAAGAUUGGUUUCAGAUUAUUCCUGUUUAUCAUUAAUCUGACAACCAGAGCUCAAAAUAGAUAUGCUCUCAGUGUUUUUUUCCACUGAUUUGGGAAUGGGGCUGGGGCCUUUAUAGUUGGGAAAAAUGCGUCAUAAAACUCCUAAAUUGGGAAUUUUUAAGUCAUUUUUAGCUUAUCUGAUUUUUUGAAAAAAAAUGAUGAGUUAUUGUCAUCACUUGAGCGGUUGUCUGCGUCUGCGUUGCCUGGUUAAGUUUUAUGUUUAAGUCAGCUUUUCUCCUAAACUAUCAAAGCUAUUGCUUCGAAACUUGGAAUACUUGUUCACCAUCAUAAGCUGACCCUGUAUAGCAAGAAACAUAACUCCAUCUUGCUUUUUGCAAGAUUUAUGGCCCCUUUUGUACUUAGAAAAUAUCAGAUUUCUUGGUUAAGUUUUAUGUUUAGGUCAACUUUUCUCCUAAACUAUCAAAGUUUUUGCUUUGAAACUUGGAAUACUUGUUCACCAUCAUAAGCAGACCCUGUACAUCAAGAAACAUAACUCCAUCUUGCUUUUUGCAAGAAUUAUUGCCCCUUUUGGACUUAGAAAAUCAGUUUUCUUGGUUAAGUUUUAUGUUUAGGUCAGCUUUUAUCCUAAACUAUCAAAGCUAUUCCUUUAAAACUUGCAACACUUGUUCACCAUCAUAAGCUGACCCUGUACAGCAAGAAACAUAACUCCAUCCUGCUUUUUGCAAGAUUUAUGGCCCCUUUUGGACUUAGAAAAAUCAUUUUCUUGGUUGAAUAUUAUGUUUAAGUCAACUUUUCUCAUAAACUAUCAAAGCUAUUGCUUUAAAACUUGCAACAGUUUUUCACCAUCAUAAGUGGACACUGUACAUCAAGAAACAUAACUCUAUACUGCUUUUUGCAGGAGUGAUGGCCCUUUUUAGACUUAGAAAAUCAUGGGUAGUACAAUAUUUCUAUUAUACAAAAAAAAUCAGAUGGGCGUCAGCACCCGCAAGGCGGUGCUCUUGUUUCUAUUAAAAUAUCACAUUUAAGAAAAAAAUAAAAUUUAUCAUUACGCAUUAAGUAAGCAAAUUGUCUUGUGUUUCUACAUUUCAGAGGUACAGUCUUUUUUGAAAAAGUUGAAAAAAAGUAAGAAAAAUUUAACUGGGAAUUUUAGCUUUGAAAUUGGGGGAAAAAAACAUACUAUUUGCCAUUGGGAUUGUGGCCCAAAUUCGGCCCCAAAUUGGCCAGAAAAAAACAACACUGGCUGUGAUUAUGAAGUAAAUUUGCAGAGUAUUUUUAGCUCGACUAUUCGAAGAAUAGUCUAGCUAUUCUACUCACCCUGGCGUCGGCGUCGGCGUCACACCUUGGUUAAGUUUUUGCAUGCAAGUACAUACAGCUAUCAUUUAAAGGCAUAUAGCUUUGAAACUUAUUUAUUCUUUUUCUAGGUCAAUUACCAACCUCACUGGGUCAAGUUCCAUAACUCUAACAUGUAUUUUGAGCAAAUUAUGCCCCCUUUUGGACUUAGAAAAUUCUGGUUAAAGUUUUACAUGCAAGUUACUAUCUCCAAAACUAAUGCAGAUAUUGAAUUGAAACUUCACAUGUGUCUUCGGGGUUAUAAAACUAGUUGAUAGCACCAAGUCCCAUAACUCUGACCUUCAUUUUGGCCAAAUUAUGCCCCCUUUUGGUCUUAGAAAAUUCUGGUUAAAGUUUUGCGUGCAAGUACAUACAGCUAUUACUAAAAGGCAUAUAGAUUUGAAACUUAUUUUUUCUUUUUCUAGAUCAAUUACCUACCUCACUGGGUCAAGUCCCAUAACUCUGGCAUGUAUUUUGGCCAAAUUAUGCCCCUUUUGGACUUAGAAAAUUCUGGUUAAAGUUUUGCGUGCAAGUACAUACAGCUAUUACUAAAAGGCAUAUAGAUUUGAAACUUAUUUUUUCUUUUUCUAGAUCAAUUACCUACCUCACUGGGUCAAGUCCCAUAACUCUGGCAUGUAUUUUGGCCAAAUUAUGCCCCCUUUUGGACUUAGAAAAUUCUGGUUAAAGUUUUGCGUGCAAGUACAUACAGCUAUUACUAAAAGGCAUAUAGAUUUGGAACUUAUUUAUUCUUUUUCUAGAUCAAUUACCUACCUCACUGGGUCAAGUUCCAUAACUCUUAACAUGUAUUUUGAGCAAAUUAUGCCCCUUUUGGACUUAGAAAAUUCUGGUUAAAGUUUUACAUGCAAGUUACUAUCCCCAAAACUAAUGCAGAUAUUGAAUUGAAACUUAACAUGUUUCUUCGGGGUUAUAAAACUAGUUGAUAGCAUCAAGUCCCAUAACUCUGAUAUGUCCCCUUUUGAACUUAAAACUCUUUUGAUAUUUAACAUUUUGGGUAAUAAUUUCCAGCUUCUGUGACAAUAUUUCGAAUAGUCGAGCUUGGCUGUCUUAUGGACAGCUCUUGUUUGUGUGACCAUCAAUGUUGUUCAAGUAACCCAGAUAUGCCAAGAAGAAUGUUGUGUACUUUAUGUAAAAAUUUUAAAAAAAUGUCUUCUUGUCUUCUGGAAAUAUUUUGCCAUAUUUUUCUUUGGUGACCUACCAAGAUUGUUCAGAUGAUUCUGAUUUGUUAAAAAAAACAUGGUCACAAGAGGGAAUGGAAUAGUGGAAACUUAAAAAAAAAUCGAACAGAAACAAAUGUUUCUUCGGUGACCAUCUACUAUAGAAAAAGUGUUUGAGUUUUGAAAUUCAGGUGAGUGAACUUGGAUCAUAAUGGUGCUCUUACUUUUUAUCAGUGAAUAAAUUUGUUGUUGUUUUAAAUUAAGGAUAAAGAGAGAAGAGAACAACAAUUGUUUAAGUUUUAGGAAGUAGAAUUUUGUUGAUGUAAAAUGAUACUUUACUUGAUUUCUGAAUUAAUUAAGCAAUUAUAUAUUGGUUGACUUAUAUUGGCCUUUAUCUGACUAUUAGUGAGUUUCAUGUUAAAUUAAGUCAGCACUUUCGGUCGUAUCAAUACCAAUAUUUUGAGGUUUAUUAAUAUCAUACUGUGGGAAAUUGAGAGGUUUUGUUCAUACCGUUACCUGACUUUACUGUGAACCUGCAAUUUGUGUGUUAUAUGUUAAAGCUGCUUAUUCACAGUGGAGGUGAAAAUUUAGAAUAUAUACCGUAAUAAGCCGAAUAUAGGUCGCACUCGUGUAUAGGACGCAGUGAAAAAAUAUCAGCAGAAUUCUGGAAAAAUGCUUAUACCCACUUACCACUUAUCUGAAUUUAUGUUUGUCCGAAAUUCGCUAUAGUUUCUACGAACUCGCCGGUUUUUGCUAAAUCGUUGUCGAUGUUUUUGCAUGUUGUGCAAGUAUUUUAAUUGAAAAGCAUUGUAAACACUAAACUGCCGCAUCCUCUGAUCACUCCAUGAAUAUUGACGCCAUUGAAAACAAAAGUACACUUUGGCAUGUGGCGGUAAAAUGACGUAAUUUUAAGACUGGUUUGCAAAUUGUUUUGAACAUAACGGAUCAGCGCCUAUGAUCAUAUUGGAUCAGUCUAAAAUCUCGCAUGCACUUUUUUACAACUGCCUCCGUGUAUGAUUAAACGGUUGAUUGUUUGCAGAUUUUGACAGUAGGUGUAAGAUAAGUAAUGCCUCAGGCGUGAAUUUCUCGAUGAACAAGAGGAUUAUAGACAACUAUCAAAAUUAUGUUUGAAGAUUAGAUAAUCAAUUUCCGGGCUACCUGAUAUGGAGUUUCAAGUAUUUCAAUGCAAAAUAUGUGAAAACACACCAGGAAAAUUUUACACAGGUCUUGUUAAAAACUUAUUGAUCAGUUACAGAAAUGCGUUGUAAAAUAUAUUUUACUGAAAAAAAAACAGAAUUUAUUUUUAAGAUUUUACGUGAGCUCUAAAUUUUACAUUUUAUACAAAAGUAAUAGAUGCAGGGUCCCGAUACCGGCUAUUAGCUAUGCCUGAGUCAUUGGUAUUUACUCCCCUUGAAUUCUCUUCAAUAUAGAGGUACGCGGGUAAACAAAGAUCGAUUUUCUUAAUUUUUGAGUGGAGGGAAAUGUUUGGUCUUUUUCUAUCCCCAUAUUUAGGACGUAUUGGUCCUUCGAGACCAGAAUCUCGUAAAAAAAUGUGCGUCUUAUAUUCGUAGGAUGACGGUAAUAUUGACAACUGGGAGUAAGGAAAUGAGUGAGAACUAAUGUUAGAUUUUUAGCUCGACUAUACGAAGUAUAAGGAGAGCUAUCCUACUCGCCCAGGCGUCGGCGUCUUUCCACGUCCCCACCUUGGUUAAAGUUUUGGUGCACUUUCUCUUUUUUCAACUUAUCUCUGUAAAUACUUGAUGGACUUGAUUCAAACUUGAAAUACUUAUUCCUCAUCAUCAUCCACAUCAUCUGACAUAAGGGCCAUAACUCUGGCACCAAUAUUUCAUGAAUUAUCCCCCCUUUUCACUUAGAUUUUCAGGUUAAAGUUUUGAUGCACUUUCACUCUAUCUCUGUUAUUACUGAAUGGAUUUGAUUCAAACUUAAAAUAGUUGUUCAACAUCAUCACCCACAUCAUAUGACACAAGGUGCAUAACUCUGGCACCAUUUUUUCAUGAAUUAUUCCCCCUUUUUACUUAGAAUUUCAGGUUAAAGUUUUGGUGCACUUUCACUCUAUCUCUGUUAUUACUGAAUGGAUUUGAUUCAAACUUAAAAUAGUUGUUCAGCAUCAUCACCUACAUCAUAUGACACUAGAUGCGUAACUCUGGCACAAUUUUUCAUGAAUUAUUCCCCUUUUUACUUAGAAUUUUAGGUUAAAGUUUUAUGCACUUUCACUCUAUCUCUGUUAUUACUGAAUGGAUCUGAUUCAAACUUAAACAAUUGUUCAACAUCAUUAUCCUUAUCAUAUGACACAAGGUGCAUAACUCUGGCACCAAUUUUUCAUGAAUUAUUUCCCCUUUUUACUUAGAAUUUUAGGUUAAAGUUUUGAUACACUUUCACUCUGUCUCUGUUAUUACUGAAUGGAUUUGAUUCAAACUUAAAAUAGUUGUUCAGCAUCAUCACCCACACUGUAUGACACAAGCUGCAUAACUCUGGCACCAGUAUUUAAUGAAUUAUGCCCCUUUUUGCUUAGGAUAUACUUAUAUAGUGUUUUGAUACAUUUUAUCUUUACCUCUCUUAUUACUUUAAGUUGAUAUUUUUGACAUAGACUCAGGCUAUUGUGCAAUAUCUUCAUCCACAAUUGGAGUCAUUAAACACUCCAGUGACAGCUCUAGUUUCCUCAGAUGUACCCAGUUUCACUAUCCAGCAUCGAAAUAGUCGAGCGCGCUGUCUCCUGUGACAGCUCUUGUUGUAUAAAUCUAGAGUGUGGAUCUUUUUAAUCUUUUCAAAACUGUCUCUGAUGUGCUUUAAUUGUACCCCCCGACAACAAAGUUGUAAGGGGGGGUAUACUGGUUUCAGGUUGUCUGUCUGUCUGUCCGUCUGUCUGUCUGUCCGUCAGUCCGUAGACGCAAUCUUGUGCGCACCAUCUCUCCUUAUCCCCUUGACAGAAUUUAAUGAAACUUCACACAAAUGAUCAGUACCAACAGUAGUUGUGCAUGGGGCAUGUAAGGUUCUUUAAGAAAAAAAAUUUGCAGAGUUAUGGGACUUUGUUUUUUUGUUACUAUACUAUAUACAUAGACACAAUCUUGUGCGCACCAUCUCUCCUCAUCCCCUUGACACAAUUUAAUGAAACUUUACACAAUUGAUCAGUAACAACAGUAGUUGUGCAUGGGGCAUGUUAGGUUCUUUCAGAAAAAAAAUUUGCAGAGUUAUGGGACUUUGUUUUUUUGUUACUAUACUAUAUACAUAGACACAAUCUUGUGCGCACCAUCUCUCCUCAUCCCCUUGACACAAUUUAAUGAAACUUCACACAAGUGAUCAGUAACAACAUAGUUGUGCAUGGGGCAUGUUAGGUUCUUUCAGAAAAAAAAUUUGCAGAGUUAUGGGACUUUGUUUUUUUGUUACUAUACUAUAUACAUAGACACAGUCUUGUGCGCACCAUCUCUCCUCAUCCCCUUGACACAAUUUAAUGGAACUUCAAACAAGUGAUCAGUAACAACAGUAGUUAUGCAUGGGGCAUGUUAGGUUCUUUCAGCGACAAAAAUUGCAGAGUUAUGGGACUUUGUUUCUUGUUAACAUACUAUGUACAUACAGUCUGCAUAUGCAGUCUUGUGCGUUCCUAAUCUACCAAACCCCUACACUAGUUGUGCAUGGUGCAUGUUACAUUCUUUUAGAUAAGUAUUCUGCAUAGUUAUGAGACUUUGUUUUUUGUACUAUACUGUAUACAUACAGUCUAUAUACAUACAGUCCACAUAAUUAUGCGAUCUUGUGUGCAUCAAAUUGCAAUGUACUGUGUCAGUGCAUGAGGGGGGUACAUUCAUCACCUUUAGUGAUAGCUCUAGUUUCUGUCAGUAUCUGUUUGUAGAUGUUAAAGUGUUACUUAACAGAAGGUUUUAAUUAAAUAAGGUCACUUAUACAAAAUACAAGUAUUAUCAGAAUUUGAAAAGACUUUACCAAAAGUCAGUUAGGUGUCUCUAACAAAACAUACAGUUUUCAUUUAUCUAAUAGUAUUGAAGUUUACUUAACCAUGUAGUUUUCAGACAGUAAAGUUGGCUGUUUAAGUUGUAUUCUUCUGUUGCGGAUGAAUGAAGUAUAUUUUUGAAACCAUUUCUUGUUCUAAAUGCCCAACUUGUUUAAAUUAUACACUGUUAAAUUUAGUAAACACUUAGAAAAUAGUUCUGCUUUUUAAAAGUGACAUAAUUAUAAGUAUUAUAGAUGUACACACAUGUUGUCAAUAGUAAAGCAGUGGAGAUGCAUUCUGUUUACAUUGUUAUCAUUUAUUUUAGCUUGCUAUAGAGGAAAGCUUGAUGCUGAAUUACUUUGAGUGAAAUCUGAAAAAAAUGGGAUCCAAGGUUAUAUAACUGAAACUGGAGACCAGGCUCAAAGUUUCAACAUGUGAUUGUUACUUUUGAGCUCAAUUUAUUGUACCCCCCGACAACAAAGUUGUAAGGAGGGGUAUACUGGUUUCAGGUUGUCUGUCUGUCCGUCUGUCUGUCCGUCCGUAGACACAAUCUUGUGCGCACCAUCUCUCCUCAUUCCCUUGACACAAUUUAAUGAAACUUCACACAAGUGAUCAGUAACAACAGUAGUUGUGCAUGGGGCAUGUUAGGUUCUUUAAGAAAAAAAAAUUGCAGAAUUAUGGGACUUUGUUUUUUGUUACUACACUAUAUACAUAGACAGAAUCUUGUGCACACCAUCUCUCCUCAUCCCCUUGACACAAUUUAAUGAAACUUCACACAAGUGAUCAGUAACAACAGUAGUUGUGCAUGGGGCAUGUUAGGUUCUUUCAGAAAAAAAAUUUGCAGAGUUAUGGGACUUUGUUUUUUUGUUACUAUACUAUAUACAUAGACACAAUCUUGUGCGCACCAUCUCUCCUCAUCCCCUUGACACAAUUUAAUGAAACUUCACACAAGUGAUCAGUAACAACAUAGUUAUGCAUGGGACAUGUUAUGUUCUUUCAGAAAAAAAAAUUGCAGAGUUAUGGGACUUUUUUGUUACUAUACUAUAUACAUAGACACAAUCUUGUGCGCACCAUCUCUCCUCAUCCCCAUGACACAGUUUAAUGAAACUUCACACAAGUGAUCAGUAACAACAGUAAUUGUGCAUGGGGCAUGUUAGGUUCUUUCAACGACAAAAAUUGCAGUUAUGGGACUUUGUUUCUUGUUAACAUACUAUGUACAUAUAGUCUGCAUAUGCAAUCUUGUGCGCGCCUAAUCUUCCGAACCCUUGCACACAGUUUAAUAAAACUUCACACAAGUGAUCAGUACCAACCCUAGUUGUGCAUGGUGCAUGUUACGUUCUUUUAGAUAAAUAUUCUGCAUAGUUAUGGGACUUUGUUUUUAGCUCACCUGAGCAAUGCUCAGGUGAGUUUUUCUGAUUGCUUGAUGUCCGGCGUCUGUCUGUCGUCCGUCAACAUUUAGCUUGUGUAUGCGAUAGAGGCUGUAUUUUUCAACUGAUCUUCAUGAAGUUUGGUCAGAAUGAUUACCUUGAUGAAAUCUAGGCUGAGUUUGAAAAUGGGUCAUCUGGGGUCAAAAACUAGGUCAAAUCAAAGAUAAACCUUGUGUAUGCGAUAGAGGCUGUAUUUUUCAGUUGAUCUUCAUGAAUUUUUGUCAGAAUGAUUACUUUGAUGAAAUCUAGGCCGAGUUCGAAAAUGGGUCAUCUAGGGUCAAAAACUAGGUCACUAGGUCAAAUCAAAGAAAAACCUUGUGUAUGCGAUAGAGGCUGUAUUUUUCAACUGAUCUUCAUGAAAUUUGGUCAGAAUGAUUAACUUGAUGAAAUCUAGGCCAAGUUCGAAAAUGGGUCAUCUUGGGUAAAAAACUAGGUCACUAAGUCAAAUCAAAGAAAAACCUUGUGUAUGCGAUAGAAGCUGUAUUUUUCAAUUGAGGUUCAUGAAUUUUGAUCAGAAUGAUUACCUUGAUGAAAUCUAGGCCAAGUUCGAAAAUGGGUCAUCUAGGGUCAAAAACUAGGUCACUAGGUCAAAUCAAAGAAAAACCUUGUGUAUGCGAUAGAGGCUGUAUUUUUCAAUUGAUCUUCAUGAAAUUUUGUCAGAAUGAUUACCUGGAUGAAAUCUAGGCUGAGUUCGAAAAUGGGUCAUCUGGGGUCAAAAACUAGGUCACUAGGUCAAAUCAAAGAAAAAACUUGUGUAUGCAAUAGAUGCUGUAUUUCUCAAUUGAUCUUCAUGAAAUUUGGUCAGAAUGAUUGCCUUGAUGAAAUCUAGGCCAAUUACGAAUAUGGGUCAUCUGGGGUCAAAAACUAGGACACAAGGUCAAAUCAAAGAAAAACCUUGUGUAUGCAAUAGGGGCUGCAUUUUACACCGGAUCUUCAUGAAAUUUGAUCAGAAUAUUUGUCUGGAUGAAAUCUAGGUUGAAUUUGAAUAUGGUUCAUCUAGGGUCAAAAACUAGGUCACCCGGUCAAAUUAAAGAAAAACUUUGUGUACACAAUAGGGGCUGCAUUUUACAGUGGAUAUACAUACAAUUUAGUCAGAAUGAUUGCCUUAAUGAAAUCUAGGUCAGGUUAGAAUAUGGGUCAUCUGUGGUUAAAAACUAGGUCACUAGGUCAAAUAAAAAAAAAACCUUGUUUAUACGAUAGAGACUGUAUUUUUCAGUUGAUCUUCAUGAAAUUUUGUCAGAAUGAUAGCCUUGAUGAAAUUAAGGUCAAGUUUGAAUACGGGUCAUCUGGGAUCAAAAACUAGGUCGCUAGGACAAAUCAAAGAAAAAUGUUUUGUAUGCGAUAGAGGCUGUAUUUUUCAACUGAGGUUCAUGAAUUUAAGUCAGAAUGAUUGCCUUGAUCAAAUCUAGGCCAAGUUUGAAUGUAGGUUACCUUGGCUUAAAAACUAGGUCAUUAUGUUAAAUUGAAGAAAAUACUUGUUUACACUUCAAGAGACUACAUUUUUGGUCCAGUCUUAAUGAAAAUUGGUCAGAAUAUUUGUUUCCAUGAAAUCACUAUGUCAAACAUGUUAACACUGUUAUGGUGUGUUUAGGUGAGCGACCUAGGGCCAUCUUGGCCCUCUUGUUUUUUACUAUACCGUAUACCUACAGUCUAUAUACAUACAGUCUACAUAAUUAUGCAAUCUUGUGUGCGUCAAAUUGCAAUGUACUGUGUCAGUGCAUGCGGGGGGUACAUUCAUCACCUUUAGUGAUAGCUCUAGUUUUAACAAAUGAGAUGGCAGUGUUGUGAGACUGGUCUCCAAAGUCAGAUUUAUAAUCGUAGAGCCAGUACUGGUUUCGCACAAGGUACAAACUAGAAACUUCCAAGUUAAUCUGCUCACCUUUUCCACUUGUGUUCAUUUCUAUGUUUUAGUAAUACAGUUGUUAUGAAUAUAUAAUUUCUUUAUACCUGAAAAAGUGCUAACUGAAGUGCUUACAGUUUCUGUACCUACAUGUUGUAAUGAAAUAUAUUGCCAUAAUUUACAUUCAUUUUGAAAAUGUUAAUAAAUGUUGAAACUC